CUCUCUUGUCCCUCAGCCAAUUCUGUUCUCUGGUUUCUUUGGCGCCCGAAGGAAGACUGAUAUAGAGAGAGAGAGGGAGAGAGAGAAGGAGAUAGAGUUCGGCAUAGAUUCAUUCGUGUGACCGACGAAGUCGUCAUCGUCGUCUUCUUCCCUCGGAUCGAUCUCGUCAUUUUCUUCUUCUUAUUAUUCCUGGUGGCGAUAAUCGCCGUGGUGAUUCGUUCGCCUGAGCGAGCGAUCGGUCGGUCGAGUAGGAUCGAGUCAGAGAGAUAGAGGAUGUCGUCGGGGAGUCGGAACUACUACGGGGAGUUCAACCAGAAGAUCGACUACGUGUUCAAGGUGGUGCUGAUCGGGGACUCGGCGGUGGGCAAGUCGCAGCUGCUCGCCCGCUUCUCCCGUAACGAGUUCAGCGUCGAUUCCAAGGCCACCAUCGGCGUCGAGUUCCAGACCCGCACCCUCACCAUUGACAGCAAGACCAUCAAGGCCCAGAUCUGGGAUACCGCCGGCCAAGAAAGGUACCGAGCGGUAACAAGUGCAUACUACAGAGGUGCAGUGGGCGCAAUGCUGGUGUACGACAUCACUAAACGCCAGUCGUUCGAUCAUGUGGCGAGGUGGCUGGAGGAACUGCGUGGCCAUGCCGACAGGAACAUCGUAAUAAUGCUCAUCGGAAACAAGUCCGACCUGGGAAGUCUUCGCGCAGUCCCCACCGAGGACGCCAAGGAGUUCGCCCAGCGUGAGAGUCUCUUCUUCAUGGAGACCUCCGCUCUUGAAUCCACCAACGUGGAGAGUGCUUUCCAGACCGUGCUCACUGAGAUCCAUCGGAUCGUCAGCAAGAAGUCCCUCGCUGCCAAUGAUGAGGCACAGUCUGCUGGCAACUCCAGCCUGCUCAAGGGAACCAGUAUAGUAGUCCCCGGGCAGGAUCCUCCAAGUGCCAACAAAGCCACAUGCUGUUCCUCCUCCUGAAUCGUCUACUUGCAUGUUUGUGCAUCUUUUGUUAUUUGCUUGUCGAUUGGAUUCUGGGUAGGUGCUUCAUGUUCUCCUCUCUACUACUGUCUUUAAAGUUCAUGUUCUUGCAAUGAUAAAAAGAUUUUGAUUUUGAUUUUU